AUGUCAAAAUUACGGUCUUCUGAAAUUUUAUCGAUAUUGAACGCAAACGAUUCGGAAAUUGAUAAUUCAUCUGGUGAUGAAAUUGACGACUUUCCACACGAAGAGUUAGAUAGUCUUUUGGUAGAGUUUGCUUCAAGUGACAUUGAAGAAGUCAUCGAAGAAGAUGAUGACAGUAUUAUAAUACAAACUAAUAAAAAAGACAUAAAAUGGGGCCAUUUAUCAAUAAAACAGUAUAUUAGAAAUAAACCUAACCCAUGGGGUAUUAAAAUUUUUAUGUUAUGUGGCGAAAGUGGCGUUGUAUACGACUUUGUGCUAUAUCAAGGUGCUAAUACCGAAAUUGAUUCACAAGUUCAAAAACAAUUUGGUCAAGGUCCAGGAGUCCAAAUAGGUAUUUGUGCCGCUGGUACGAUACGUGUUAAUCAGUUUGCGAAACCACCAAUACUUUCAGAUAAAAAUUUGGCAAAAAUGGGAAGAGGGACUACUUUUGAAGUUCGUUCUGAUGUACCUAGUUGUAACAUAGGUCUUGUACAAUGGUUUGACAACAAAGUGGUUAAUUUGGCAUCGAAUUUUAUUACAUCUGGAAAUACAGAUGUUGUCAGACGUUGGGAUAAGAAAAAUAAAACCUAUGUCGAUGUCAAAAGACCUGAGAUAGUACAAAAAUAUAAUAAAUCUAUGGGUGGCGUUGAUAAUAUGGACAAAUUAAUAAGUUAUUAUCGAACAUUUAUUAAAUCACGAAAAUGGACAUAA